CUCUCUCUCUCUCUCUCCAAGCAUUGCAGAGAGAGUUUGGCAAUGGCGACGUGCCAUUGCAAUUGCAGAGCACCCAUUUCUCAUCUUCGUCUUCCUCCCCAUCCUCCGACCUCGAAACCCUCCAAUCCCCACCCUCAGUCCGUGAACCCAAACCCCUCGAGCAGACGGGUCUUCCUCCUCUCUCUCCCGGCGCGCGCCCUCCUCCUCGCCGCCGCCGCCGCCGCCGCCGACGGCGCGGCCAACGUCCUCCGGUGCCACGCCCUGGAGGGGUUCGACCCCGUGAGCCCCGAGGAGCGGACCGCCAGCGCCGCCAAGUCCCGGCGGAUCGCGGAGGCCGUGGGGCUGCUGGAGAAAGGGCGGGAAUUGCAGGCGCAGGGCGAUUUCGGGAAAGCCCUCUUCUACUUCACUCAGGUGAUUGAAGGUUAUAAAGACUUUGCGUUAUCAGAAUAUGCAAGAGUUGGAAGGGCGUUAGCGUUGUAUGAAGUCGGCGACAGGGAAGAAGCUAUUGCAGAGAUGGAGGAUGUUUCCAUAUCAUUGAAGGGAUAUCCAGAAGUCCAUGCAGCUCUUGCAGCAGCCUUAUAUGUGGACAAGCAUGCCCCCUUGCUUGCUGAAAACCAGUUCACAAUUGCAACCCUAUUGGAUCCCCAUUACACAGAUCUUUCGUAUGUAAAAGAGACGAAGCACUGGCCUCCGAGUUUAGUCAGUUCAUUGCAGCAAUUCAUCACACUUACAUAAAGAUAGAGUCAUCACAUUUCCCACGCAGUUGAUCAGCAAGAACUGAUUUGCACUGUCAUUAUAUCUUAUUCUUUGUGAACCUGUAUAAUAAUCCAAUUCACCAAGAGAAAGCUAGGCUGAUUAGUAGAGUUCAUGACUGAGAUGGAUCAUUGUUCUCUUUGAUAAGCUUUGCAGCAAAUUCUACCCCUGUUAUCUGUGCUAUAUUCUUUACCUCUGUACUUUGUGAGGUUAUGAAGAAUUGCACUUAGCUUCGCCUCAAAGGACAAAUUGCAUUUUGAUUGUUACUGCUAUUUUUUAGCUGUAGAUGUCAGUGUUGUUGAUAAAUAUUUCAGAAAGCUAGUUUCGUAA